CAAAGUCUACACAUUAAUAUAAAUCUACAAUGACUUCUACAGAUUUACUGUAAAUAUAAAACAUGUAGAAAUUAAAAUCUACAUAUUACUAUAAUUCUAAAAACCUGUAGAAAUCGAUUUCUACAGAUAAGAUGUAUUAUACGGAUAAGAAAUCAGUUCCUAAAAAUAUGGAAACAAAAUAUUUGGGAAUAUUCACUUUCAUAUUUAGAAAAAAAAAUGAUUUUUUUUAUAGAAAAAAACAAAAAAAUAAAAAUUUACAACUUUAAGGGUAUUAUUGCCAUUUUUAAAAUAAUUAGCAUAAUGAGACAAUAAAGUAUAUGAGAUUAGUAUAAAGAGACAUAGUUAUCAUUUUUUUGCUUUAAAAAAACAAUUUUCCCUAGAAAUUUUAAUAUAAUGUUAUUUAUUAUUUUUGUUUGUCUUUUUGUUUUGCUGUUGGAAGUUAAAAAGAAAAAAAAAAAGAAAAAAAUAAUCAUUUCCUAGAGGGAAGAAAUACAGAGAGUUGGCGAAGCGAAGCAGAGAGCGAGAAACCCUAAAAUUCUUGACAAUCACGGUUACACUUUACAGAGAAAAAAACAGAGAAAAAGCUCAAAGCCUACCUUCCGUCGUACGAGAUGGGUAAAUCCCUGAUUGUUGUCUAUUUGGUUGCUCUACUUGUUCUUUCAGUCUCCGCGGCGGCCGAGGAAGGAAACGACAGCGGUUGCUCUGCCGCUGUAAAUUCAGCAACGGAUCUUAAGUAUAAGAUCGUAGCUAUCUUCUCCACUUUGAUUUUCGGAAUUUUUGGUGUUUGUUUGCCCAUCUUUGGCCUCGAUGGAGAUGGUUUUUUCUACGCAUGCGUUAGGCAAUUCGGUGCCUAUGUAAUGUUACUCGCCUCUGUGGUCUACAUUCUUCCUGAUGCUACAGCCAGCCUCACUAGUUCUUGCAUCGGAGAUUUCCCGAUGACUGGAGUUGUUGUAGCCAGGGCUGCUGCCAUCUUAACCAUGAUUGAAUUCAAGUCCUUCGCUUCAGCUUUUAUGAAUAUAUCUCACUCGGAAAACCACAACGGUGAUGAUGAUCAUGUUGAUAAUAGUGCUUCACAAGGACACUCUGUUUCCCGACAAGAUCACAAUAAGAUUAGACAGAAGCUCGUAACUCAGGUCUUGGAGUUAGGGUUUGUGGUUCACUCAGUGAUCAUUGGAAUAGCUUUAGGAGCAUCUCCACAUCUUAGCACAAUUAAGCCUCUUAUACCUGCAAUUACCUUCCAUCAAUUGUUCCAAGGAAUUAGUCUUGGAGGUUGCAUCUCCAAGGCAAAGUUUGACUUGAAGAAAACUUUAAUUAUCGUGAUAGUGUUUUCUCUCACAACACCUGUAGGAAUCGGGAUCGGUAUUGGAGUCGCCGAGAUUUACUACAAGAAUGGCCCGACCACGUUGAUAGUGUCCGGUUCUUUAAACGCUGCAGCCGCCGGGUUACUAGUUACAACCUCAAACCUCAUAGUAUUUUUCACAUGUUAAAAGCUUGUGGUUUUGUCCUCCUCGUGUUGAUGUAGGAUGGGGUUUCAAAUUACCCAUUCGGGUUCGUCCAAUCUACGUAGCAUUUCAUUUACAUAUUUGGAAUCUUAUCAAAUAAGAUGUAACUUUUCUUUUUUUUUUGUGCGCUUCAAAUUUAAUAAGAUGUAAAUAGUCAAAAAAAAAUAAAAAAUAAAUAUAUAUAAAACAUAAUUUGUAUUUUAUAUUUGUUUUAUUAAAGUUUUGGAUUAAAGUAUUAAAUUAAUAUAUCAAUACUAAUAAUGUUUUUGAUUCAAAAAUGUACUUAUAAAUUCAAAAUACCUCCCAUAAGCGGAGGAUCUUUGGCGGUUGGUUUGACCAUGGUAUUGAGGAACAAUCGAUCCUUAAACAAAGGAAAGAAUAUUUAAAUGUUAGGCAAAGUGAAAUGGUUUGAUAAUAAAACAUAGUGAAAAAGGUCCCAAUGGAUAAAAUCGAACCAUGAGAUUAAUUACAAACUAAAAUCUUAUAAAG